AUGGAUAUCUCCAGCUACUUGGCUGUAGGUGGCUGGUUCAUCCAAGUUAUCUUCGACAAGUACCUGUCCUACCAGCUCCGGCGAUGGGCGGCCAACUGUGGCAUUGAGCAUGAGCUGGACAGGCUUCGUGUUGCUUUGCUUCGCACACAGUCACUUCUCCAUGGUGCUGAGCUGGUGCCGACACUCUCCUACAGCUCUCUUCCAUGGAUGCGAGAGCUCCGAGAUGUCAUGUAUCAUGCAGAGGAUCUCCUAGACAAGCUUGAGUACAACCGUCUCCAUCAUGAAAUGGAAGAAUCAAGUGCAAACGAGAGCAGCAGUAGCCCAAUCAGCGCCUUCAUGCUCUCCCGGUUUCACAACCAAGGUACCCCUUCUAGCCUGGAACCAUGUUGGGAUAGAUCAACAAGGGUAAAGAAUAAGAUGGUAAAUCUAUUGGAGCGUAUUGAUCAGGUUACAAAUGGAGUUAGUGAAGUAGUCAGCCUACCCAGGAACAUCAGAAGCAGAAAUCACAUCAUGACAAGCUCAAUACCCCAUGGGAAACUCAUCGGUCGGGAAUUCGAAGCCCAACAGCUGGUAACCGCUCUGAUAAGUUCUCAGGUCGAGAUCCCAGUCUCUGUUGUCUCUAUUGUUGGGGUAGGUGGCAUAGGUAAGACUGCUCUAGCACAGCAUGUGUACAGCAAUGCUAGAAUAACAGAGAACUUUGAUGUGAGAAUGUGGAUCUGUGUUACUUGUCUCUUGGACGAGUUGCGGAUCACAAAAGAAAUGCUGGAGUCAGCUUCCAGCAGUCGGUUUAGGCAUGGUGGCAUAACAAAUUUCAAUAGACUUCAAGCCGCACUGAAGGCAAGGCUUGCUUCAAAACGGUUCCUCCUUGUCUUAGAUGAUGUUUGGAACAAUGACAACAGAACAAUAGCAAUAGAACAAGAGAACUGGCAGAAGCUGCUAGCCCCUCUAAAGGACGGAGCAAAUGGGAGCAAGAUACUUCUGACAACUCGGUCAAGUAUAGUAGCAGAGAUGCUGCAAUCAUCCUAUAUAAUUAGUUUGGAGACCUUGCAAGUUAAUGACUGUUGGUCCCUAGUAAAGACUUCUGUGUUUGAUGAGACAGAACAUACCAUCAACUCAAAAUUGGAGAACAUUGGAAGGAAAAUUGCUGAGACACUCAGUGGUCUUCCUCUUGCCGCAAAGGUGGUAGCUGGACACCUGAAAUGUAAACACAGUGUAGAUGAGUGGAAACAAGUCUUGCAAAGAAAUGCAGUAUGGGAGGAAAUCAUGCCAAUUCUACGAACAAGCUAUGACAAUCUGUCACCACACCUGAAACAAUGCUUUGCAUAUUGCAGCAUCUUCCCCAAAAACUGGGAAUUUGAAGCAGAGCAGCUGAUUCUGCUGUGGUUAGCACAAGGUUUUGUGCACCCAGAUGGUUGCAGGAGAUUGGAGGACAUUGGGAAAGAAUACAUAAAUGAUCUACGUAAUAAGUCAUUCUUCACGAUACAGAAGAAAGAAUUUGUAAGCUAUUAUGUGAUACCACCUGUAAUUUAUGAGCUUGCAAAAUCAGUUGCAGCUGAAGAAUGCUUCAGAAUAGGAGAUGAUGAAUGGACAAGAAUCCCAUCGUCAGUACGCCAUCUAUCCGUACAUCUAGAUAGCCUUUCAGCACUUGAUGACACAAUCCCAUACAAGAAUCUACGCACUCUCAUUUUUCUCCCUAGCAGAACAGUGGCUCCAAUCAAUGUUUCCAUCCCUCCAGUGGCUCUCAAUAACAUAAGAAGCCUCCGUGUGUUGGAUUUAUCCCUGUGCAUGAUGGACAGACUUCCUGAUAGCAUAUCAAAUUGUGUGCAUCUCCGAUACCUAAAUAUCUCAUCUACUACCAUCGUCACAGUACCAGAAUUCUUGUGCAAACUCUACCACCUACAGGUUCUGAAUUUAUCAGGUUGCAGGCUUGGAAAAUUGCCUUCCAGAAUGAACAACUUGGUCAAUCUACGGCAUCUCACAGCAGCUAAUCAGAUUAUUUCAGCCAUAACAGACAUUGGCAGGCUGAAAUACCUUCAGAGGUUGCCAACUUUCAAGGUUACCAGAGAGAGAACACAAAGUAUAGUUCAGCUUGGGUACCUACUAGAACUCCAAGGAUCCCUACAGAUCAGAAACCUUGAGAAUAUUGAUGCUCCAAAUGAGGCAAAGGAAGCCAUGCUUUGCAAGAAACACCAGCUCUCUGUGCUGCAGCUAAUGUGGGCAUCUGAUCGAGAUGAGGUAAAUGGAAAUAGGGAAGAGGAUGUGCUAGAAGCUCUCCAACCGCACGAAAAUCUAAAGAGACUAGACAUCGUGGGUUGGAUGGGAGUCAAAUCCCCUAAUUGGCUUGAGAACGAAUGGCUAAGCAAUCUUGAGCUUAUUUUCCUAAGUGGCUGCAAUGCAUGGGAGCAGCUUCCGCCACUUGGUCAGCUUCCCUCCAUCCGAAUAAUCUGGUUGCAGCGUUUGAAAAUGUUGAGGCAGAUAGGCCCAGAGGCAUAUGGCAGUGGCAGCCAAAUGGAGACAUUCCAGUCACUAGAAGAGCUGGUGCUUGAUGACAUGCCAGAACUCAAUGAGUGGUUAUGGAGUGACCAGACAAUGAGGAAUCUACAGAACGUUGUGAUCAAGGACUGCAAUAAGCUCAAAGCGCUGCCUCCAGUACCUCCUAACCUUACAGAGAUAACAAUUGCAGGGAAAGGGUAUUGGGUGCCAUACCACCAUGAUGUAAAGUCGGCACGCAGGUCCAGUGUCUCAUCUCUUUGCAUAUUCAAUUGCCCCUUGUUACUUGCCAGAUUAUCUGCACAAAUGAACACAGAAAUAAUUGCAAGGUUUAGGUCUCUUAGAAGCAUUAUCACUGAUCAAAUGACAAUAUUAAGGUGUUCUCUUUUAGAAGAUAGGCUUGAGCUCAUUGAGAGCCUAGACAUCCAAGAUUGCUCAGAGAUCACCUCCUUCAGUGCAGACGACGAUGAUAUCCUCCUACAGCUAAAGUCACUCCGGAGCUUAUGUAUAUCUGGUUGCAACACUCUGCGAUCACUUCCUUCCACUCUGUCCAGCGUGCAAUCCCUGGAUAAGUUGGUCUUAUGGAACUGCCCUGCGUUGGAAUCACUGACAGAGGAACCACUGCCUCUAUCAGUUAGGAAGAUUGAAGUUGCACUCUGUCACCCACUGCUCAAGGAAAGGCUCAUAAAAGAAUAUGGAGUUGACUGGCCAAAGAUUGCACACAUCCCUUGGAUUGAAAUAGAUGGUGAAAUUUUGUAG